AUGCCGGAGCCAUCCCAGGCGCUCACUGUGAUCAGAGUCUCAAAUACCGAGAUUAAGUUUCUGACCCCCAGCAACACGUAUCUAGCCAAGGCCCAGGGUGUGUUCGGCUACCUCAGAACGACCCGAAACUCAUCCAACCCGCGCGCCGUCUUCACCAUAAAAUACAUCCCCGGCACGGUCUACGUCGCAUUCCGAUCCUCCGAUGGAUAUUUUGUCACUCAGGACGGCAAGAACAGCCCACAGUUUAAGUGGAAGCGCGCGGGCGAGUGGGAGCGGUAUGAUGUGCGGGAGGUGAUGGAGGUGCCGGCCAUUCGAGGGGCGAAUCUGGGGUCGUGGCUCAUGACUGAGCCGUGGAUGAACCGCGACGUGUUCAAGUUUGCUGCCUAUGGUGAUGGCACCCGGUUCACCUUGCGAUCAGUGCAGAUGCGGGACAACGACUUGCUCACCAAGCACACCCAGCUCCACCUCACCACCAUUCCUUGGUGUUUCAUUCUUGCACUUUCCCCCGUUGCACGCCCUCUCGCCCCCAACCGCUAUCUCCUCAAGCAGAUGAGGUGCAACGACUCCCUAACCAAGGAAACCUACCUCCACCUCACCACAAUGAGGUGCAACGAAUCACUCACUACCAAGGACUCCUACCUCCACCUCACCACCGUUCAGAAUGCUUCCCCCAACACUCGCAGAAUAGCAGUGCAGUGGCUGCAGUACUGGGCGGUGCGGAGCAACUCGAAACAUGUCUGGGUGCAGUCCGAAAAGCGCGAGGGUGCCUCUAGCAACUUUGAGCUCUUCAUCUACGGCACGCCACUCAACGCAUCAACGGAGCAGAGCAGCAGCAGUGUGCGUGUGGUGCUGCGCGCUCCCAACGGCCUCUUCCUCCAGGCUCGCACCGACGGCUCCCUCACUGCUGACCUCCAACAAUCCCUUGACAACAACGCCAUCUGGACCAGCGCUGCUGCGUUCGACCUCACUGUGCGCUGCUGCGUUCGACCUCACUGUGGUGAUUUCUUUUUCCUCCCGCUCCUACUCCUUCCUCCUUUCCUCCCACUUCCCUUCCUCCAAGCCGACCCUAACAAUUCCCCCCCCCAUUUCCCUCUCUCCUCCCCUCCCGCUCCCAGUUGUGGCGGGUGGAGGGGGAUUUUCAAGCAGCCUACACAGCCGGUGCAGCCGCACCCUCAAUCUACGAGAACAUUCGCCGAAACUUCAUCACGGAAGCCGACUGGCAGAAAAUGCAAGAGCUCGGAAUCAACACAGUCCGCAUCCCCUUGCCGUCCGCAUCCCCUUGCCGUCCGCAUCCCCUUGCCGUCCGCAUCCCCUUGCCGUCCGCAUCCCCUUGCCGUCCGCAUCCCCUUGCCGUACUGGAUCUCUCUCGAUGCCUCCCCUGAGUUCCCAUUUGUGCCGGGAGCAGCAGCGUAUCUAGACUGGGCGUUUGAGAUGGGGAGGAAGUACGGGGUGAGGAUCUGGUUCAGUGUGCAUGUGGCGCCGGGGUCGCAGGCGGGCAGGGGGAAUGCUAGAGAUGGGCUUGUUCGCUGGCGAGGGGAGAAUGUCAACCGCACGCUCGACUUCGUCACUUGGCUCGCUGACAGGUACGGCACCAAUCCUAUGUGGUUGGGCAUGGGGCUGUUGAACGAGCCAGUUGUCCCCGGAGCAAACGGGUAUGCGGGGGUGGAUCUGGAGGACAUGCGGGGGUACUACUCGGCCGGCUUCAACGCCAUCCGCGCGCGCUGCCUGUGCUGCUUCGUGGCCAUGGAGGGCCGCGUGGGCAGCAACUUUGGCGACGUGAUGUGGCACAUGAGGCACAACAAUGUGAUCCUGGAGCAGCACAUCUAUGAGGUCUUUGGCAACUUCUUCAGCUCCAAAGGUGUCGAGUGGGAGAUUGAAUACGCGCACACUACCAGAAAAGACAACAUCAUCGCCUUUCAGCAGAAAGUGGGGCGGCAACUGUUGGUGGGGGAGUUCUGCAAUGCCAUGGGCAACCCUGCAACACCGGAGCAGCAGGCCAACUUCUCUCUCGGACAAAUGAAAGCUUUCAGCUAUGCCAAGGCCGGCUGGUUCUUUUGGUCCUGGAAACUCAACAACACCGGCACCCAUCACUGGCAGUUUGUCAACAGCUAUGACAGGGGGUGGUUACCAAAGAAACCGGAUGGUAAUUGGUAUUGA